AUGCUGGACUUUGGUUUAGCUCGUCAAUACACCACCCCUAAGGGGGAUGUUCGUCCUCCACGUCCAGUGGCCGGGUUUCGAGGUACUGUUCGGUAUGCUUCUCGCAAUGCACACAUGAACCGUGAGAUGGGACGACAUGAUGAUUUGUGGUCAAUGUUCUAUAUGCUUGUGGAAUUCGCCUCUGGUCAGCUGCCUUGGCGCCGGAUCAAAGACAAAGAACAAGUUGGACAAAUAAAAAACAAUUUCAAUCAUAUGACCCUUACUCGCUGCCUGCCCAGUGAAUUUCGUGCGUUUCUCGAACAUAUCGAAGGCUGCAGCUACGCUGAUCGACCAGACUACAACAUGCUGCGCGGUCUCAUCAAACAAGCCAUGGCUCGUCGUGAUGUUCGGGAAUCUGAUCCGUUUGAUUGGGAACAGUCACCUGUAUUGGCUGACGGUCAACCCACGAAUGUUGCACAAGCACCAUCCACUCCCGCACCUGCCUUGACUAAUGGAGUUGUGGGUACCGCAGGAACCCCAGUUGGACAGCAGGCAAGUCGUCAAGGUGUCACCGGACACGCCCCAUCAACAGGUGGAGCUGCUCAACACACUGGAUUCGCUGACAAGCACCAGCACACCUCACAGCAUCAACAGGGUGGUGGCGGUGCUUCUUACCAUCGACAACAUCACCCUCAUCAUCACCAUCAUCAUCAUCGAUCAGGAAACCAAGUCCAACGUGGAGUUGACACAAUGGGACUAGGCACAGCAAUUAGUGUUGGUGGAACCUCCGCACAUCAUAUGGCUAGCACAGUGAAUGAAUCUAUUCAAGGUGCACCAUCACCGGCGAUGGGUGGGGUCCCAACUGGAAGAACGGUAUCUGCGGAGCUUGCCGUUGGCGGGGAAGGUUGCGGAGUUGGAAAAGCUCAUUCACCAUUGCCUCCUCCUCCGACUCCUGGUGCUGUUGACGAGCUGGCGGGUACUGAGCUAGGAAAAUUAGGGACAACCAACGCAGCGGAUGCUGUCGACCAUGCCGCCAAGUUAACUCGCGACUCAGCUGUUCCGAAUGACGUUCCAGCCUCAUCCACUGCGGGUGGCAUGCCUGCCAUGAAUGGAAUUCCCAACCCCACCGGUCUAUCAUCUACUGGUCACAACGCAGAUGAUAUGAAACCUGUGCGGAGAAUGAGUUCUGGUGUUACUGGGGGUCACAGAAGCAAUAGACGUCAUGGUAACAUGACACCCUGUCGUAGUCUGGUGGAUGUUGGUAAACCUACGGAUUCUGCUGGUUACAAUGCCCCCGGACCCAAGGCGAAUGGAGAAACAGUAUGCGAGUGGAAUCAGCCAUACUCUUACGGAAGUCGAAAGAGCGAUGCCGUCCCUGAACAACGACCGUCAAGACUGCCAGUGCUCACUCCGGUUCGACAAAAUCAUCGAGAUUCUCAGCUGGGUCAGGUUUUAGAUACACAGAAUAGUGCUUCCGUUGGUCAACAUCAUUCUGCCUCUGCUCUACGCUCCGGUUUUGGCGAGCGGAUUCCUGGUAGUGGUGAUCGUUUGGCAAUCAGCUCUCCCAAAGGCAGUAGUCUGUUUGCCAGCGGAACAGAUAUGAGUUUAACCGGCCCAUAUGGGUACGCUGAUCAGAGUCAGAUCAGCGCAGCACAAAUGACUCAUGCAAUUGCUGUGAGCACCAUGGGCCGCAUACCGUCUGGUUCCAAUUCCCGCCUGACGCGGCUGAAUAGCUAUGCUGCCGGUUCUAUUACCCAGUUAGCAGGAUUAGGUCUUUCCACUCAAGAUCUUUUAGGUGAUGAAGAUGGAGAAAUCAAAAUGAGUGCUAUAGAUGGAAACGAUGCGCAUGGUACCAUUCCUCCGUCUAACCUGACUGAAGCUGAGCACGUUGAUGGGGCUUUGAUUGUUUACCGCGCAGAUGAUUCAGACGCCGAUUCUGAUGAAAGGCCCAAUGGAGCUGGGGUUACGGACAAAUCCCGAAAUGUUGAGGUGAACUUUUUAACAACAGACGACAGUAGAAAUGGCGGAAAAGUUCGUUUGCAUCACGAUAACGGCACCAGCGGAUAUAGUUUGAACCCGACGGAGGUUGGCGACGAUUUAGUUCGGGAUAAACAUCCUUCUAGUCUAUCUGGCUCCAACCCCCGUGCAAACAGCAAACCACGUGCGCACUUCGCCACUCAUCGUCGUCAGCGUGCCAUAACAGGGACGAGUGCUGAUGAGGGUGUGAUGCAUUCUAAUCGCCGCGUGUCUGUAGGUGAGUCUAUUCUCAGCUCGCGUAGUUCACCUCAGUUCAUUACCUCCGCGGAUGGUUCCGGUCGCCGAGCUUCACUGACCCAGUCUGUUCCCAAUAACCGGCCUGUUCCUGUUCCGCGUCAACGUCCUCAAGUUAACUGGAAUCAAAUUCGUGGACCCAGUGGUUUCAUUGAAGGAUCGCGUGUCAAAUUGGAACACAGUAACAGUCGGUCUUCUCAGUCCGGCUCGCAUUCAUUCAGCCGUGAUAGCUCAGGAAACAAUGGUGCUCUAGGCCCCGUUCUUGGUCGCAAAACAGCCUCUAUGUUUGGUGGUCCAAACGGCACAGUCAAUUCAACAAGUAGCCACUUCCAAGCUCGUGCUCAGCCCCGCAGUCCAGGGAUAGGCACUCGUCUAACCAGGGCUAACGGUGUGCAUUCAGGCAGUGUGCCCAUCGAUGUUCAAAGACAACGUUCCUAUCCUGCGGGUCUGCGUACCGUGAUAAAACCAAAAAAUGGAUUUUUCCCAGCCAACAAUAGCGCAAACAUCGGUAACAACGGCGGUCCCGCUACUAAUCGUUCUCGCGGUACCUGGACACGGGGUUUGGUUGAGCUUCAAGAGAAUAACAACCAUCUACAUGGGACUCAGGAUUUCGAAGAUCCGGUGGACACCGCGUGUAUACGACGACCCAUCUCUCGACUAUCCCUUUACGAACGCACGGAUGUAGCGUGUACAGAGGGCGCUGCGCUGGUGGAAGAUGAAUACGGCAAUGGUGAUCCUGCGAAAAACCAAUCCGUAUCCACCGAGGGAAUCGAGAACUAUCCUUACACAAGUGAUACAGAUGCACUGAAAAGACGGUUAUUGCUGGAACAGUUGCACUUCGUUGAGCAUGUGGGAAAUCCCUGUUCUGAGCUAGAUGCUGAUUCCUCCACAUCAGUUGAGCGACGCCAUCAAAAUCAUCAUUUGAUUUCCAUUGAAUCUGCUCAAGGUGUUCAUUACAGUGAACCUUAUCAGGACUCAAACGAUCCCCAGUUACUUGAGGCAUGCACAUUAACAGCAAAAUGUACAUCGAACACUUCCAUUUUAGUUCCGCGCCCGCCAGCUAAUCCACCUCCCUUCAGUUCUAAUGCCCUUAACGCUCGUCGAAGACGUUAUUAUCCAGCGCCUCCUCAGAAAGCAGUGGAAAGUGAAAAUGUGAUCAACGGGAUUUAA